UAAAUUAUUUGGAAACAGCCCUGAAACAUUCAAGGUUACUCUGACAUAUAUAUAAGACCAAUUAAACCAUUCUAAUAAAUGAUUCAUAAUAAACUGUAACCAUUUUGAGUCGUCUCACAUAACUCAAAUAUCUAAUAUAAACCAUAUUUAUAUUCACUCCCAUCAGUGAUUAUAAAAUUACUUGUACAUAAUCCAUAUACUCCUACUAUCAAUUCGUGUUUUACAAAAACUUAAAUUUUAGUUAUUGACUGAUAAAAACUCUUGGCAAUAAAUUACUGAGUACAUAUUUCUCAUUUACAAUUAUUCGCUGUUAAACCCUAACAAAACACAUUGUCCUUGUGAAUUUAAAAGAAAUUUUUUAUUUAUUUCAAUGAGAUUGACAAGAUCUUCAAAGCAACUUGAACGUUUUGGAGAUUCUAAGAACACUCCAGUGAAUACACUCUUACGCUUGUCAUGGAUAAUGAUAUUAUUACUAAAAGUGUUAUAUUCAGAAGUUCGUGGAAAAGUGACCAUUGACGAUGAUACUGGUUACUUUGUUGAUUCAAAUGGAUUUAUUAAACUAUUUCAUGGUAUCAAUUGUGUGCAUAAAGUCACACCAUUUUACAUUCCAAAAUUACUUGACCCUCAUACAUUCAAAGUACUUCGAGAUUGGGGAAUCAAUGUUAUACGCUUAGGAUUUAGCUGGAUAGCAUUAAAACCACAUGAAAAUGAGACCAAUCUAGAGUAUAUAGAUAUUAUUGAAAAGAUUAUCGACAAUGCUGGAUUAUAUGGAGUUUAUAUUAUCAUUGACUUGCAUCAAGAUGGAUUAUCGAAACGUCUCGGUGCAAUUGAUGCUGUGCCUGAUUGGUUUAUGGAUAAAAUAAAGCGACCACCCUAUUUCUUCCAAUACCCUUGGCCAUUAAAGAAAUAUCCUAAUGAAAGUGCCUGGUUUUUAACCUACGCCACAUAUGAGAGUGCACAUGCAUUUGAAAGUAUAUAUAAAAAUGUUUCAGGAUUAUGGAAUUAUUUUGCAGAAUAUUGGAGGAUAACAACUGAUCGUUUCGGGAAGAAAUAUAACGUUUUAGGCUAUGAAUUGAUAAAUGAACCACCACCUGGAAAUUUUUAUUUAAAUCCAUUUCUUCUUUUGCCUAAUAUUGCAGGUCAAAAUCUUUUAUUGUUUUAUGAUUACUUGGUGAAUGUUAUUCGUCAAACAGACAAGGAUACAUUGAUAUUUUACGAGAGUGUAACUUAUGGAAUAUAUUUUCCAUUUGUCAAUGGAAUACCUGGUACUGGCAUGCAACGUGUUCCUGGUCUAUUACAAGAUGAGAUGGCCAGAAAGAAGAGUGUAUUAUCUUAUCAUUACUACUGUUGGCCAUUGCAAUCGACACCAGCUACAGAGCAUAUGCCAUCAUGGAAACAAUAUUUGUGUGAUCAG